AUGUUGAGUAAUGGAUAACCUGUAGUAAGAUGGAUCGUUGUCCGAUAUUUGUUGUUUGCAUAAAUUCACAAAAUUGUGCAUUCGGCAUUAAAUUUUCUAUUCGCUUCGCAAUUGCUUGGCGCCUGUUCAAGGUUGCUAAGCGGAGAUCAUCGUUGACGUUUGAAUUAGGAUCUGCGUACAUUUCGUCGAAUGGAAGUGGCUGAAGAACCGCUCCCAUAACAUCUUGAUUGUCUUCUUGCAUACAAUUUUCUUUCUCACGAACAGUUGUAGCAUAAUAUCAUAAUUUCUUCAAUGUUGAUGUUGGAAUCGAAUUCCUUGCGACGCUCUAGAAUAAUAUUCUCAUUGUAUGCAUAAAUUUGAAGGAAUUUUGACUCGGAAAGUACUUCUGUCUCUUUGUUGCGGAAGGGAAUAUGCGUAACCAUCUCUCUUUUGUACUCUUCGAAUUGGGUUGUCAUAUUAUAACUUGUAUAUCUUAUAACAUGGUGUUUAGUCAAUUUCUUGUAUUCAUUAUUGGCGUUGCAUUUGUAUUGCGCACAAAACUGGGCCAGGGUUAGAUCGUUCAAUUUCUCCCGUCAUUGCUCGUACGAGUAUUUGUCGAACACAUUAUCCUUCCAAAUGUCUGUGGACUCGUCAUUAAGCUCCGCCAAUUCUUUGCGUGCUUUUUCCAUCUCUGUCGGUCUAUCGGCCACGACGUUAGGGUUAAUAUGUAUUACUGAUCUAGAGGCUUCUAACAUUGGUUUACAAAGUAGCCACCAAGCUGCUUCUUGGCUAGAAAUCUCUCCUGAGUUCAAUAAGUCGACACUCAUUUUGCUAGUGAUUUCAACCACUCCAAAAUACGGAUAUUUUUCUGUGAUUUCAUUAAUUUGUCUCUGUAAAUUACUGAUCCCUCGGUUAGAUUUAUUAACAUAGUCCACGACGUACGUCGCGCAGGAAUAUUCGUUUAAUAUGAACUGCAAAUCCAUAUCCGAUUUUAAAACAUUAAAUAAUAAUGGGUUGAAUGGAUUAUGCCAGGGGUGGGCAUAUUAGCCCUCAGUGGCAUUUUGUCCGUUCGGGCAAAUUAAGAAUAAUCUUUGGUUAUUCUAUAGAAAUAUAUUUUCCUUGGAUUCCUCCAAGGUUUCCUUAUUUAAAUAUAUAUAUUGUAUGUUUACACAUUGGACAAUAUAUUACUAGCUAUGCCUAUGAUUAUAUUUAAACACUGAGAACAAGUGUUUUAUGCGCGUCACUCUUUUAUAGCAGUGCAGUCGACUCGUGUCGGCUUCUGAUUGGUCAUCUUGUAAGAUGAUGCCCCUCCAUGUGUCUGUAUGUUGAUCACGUUGUAUAUGCGUGAUGUGGUAUUGGCUUGUUGUUGUUGGUCACGUGGUGGCUGUACAUUCUUGUAAGAUGAUGCCUCUCCAUUUGUUUGUGUUUUGAUCACGUUGCACAUGCGUGAUGUGGCAUUGGCUUGUUGUUGUUGGUCACGUGGUGGCUGUACAUUCUUGUAUAAUGAUGCCCCUCCAUGUGUUUGUGUGCUUUGUUCACGUGGUCUACUGUUGCUAUGUUGUAUAUAUGUAUGUGUAGUGGUAGGUAAUAUGAGUCAUACGUGUUAGGCUGGGUGUUAACUCUCCCCUCCUCCGUUGAAAAGAUCUCCUGAUCUUUUUAUACGCUAGUUGUGCCGUCCUUUUUGAUGAGAUGUUCCAUACCUUGUUGUUUUAAUAUUUCUUCGUAUUCUUUCUGCUGUCUUUCUUGUAGUUUGAGUGUUUUACAUUUCAUAAUUGCAUAAUACAAUUUAAAACUAACGUAUAACAGAGUACAUAGUGUGAUUAUUACAAUAAUAGUUAUACAAAUAUUUCGUAUAGGAUGCUCUUCAUACGGUAUUAAAAAUUUUUGUAAUUUUUGUAUGUUACUGAAUUGAUAUUUCGUAUUUGUGGACACAAUUUCUAAUAUUUUUAUAUCUUCUUGUCCGUGCGCUAAAAUAUACUUUUUUAUUUCUUCAUCUAGAUCAGUGGUUCCCAAACUUAUUUUGUCCACCGCCCACUUUGAGAAUAAAUAUUUUUUAGCGCCCCCAUUUUUUCACCCAUUUAAAAACCACUAUAACUUCAAAUUAAUUAUUGUGACCUAUGUAUAUAUGUAUAUUAACGGAGAAUUCUAAACUAAACUUUUACUAUAACCAGCAACUUAAAACCCGAGCGCAGUACGGGUUCCACCUGCCAAUAAGAAUGAUUAUUGAAACACAACUUUAUAGUAUUAAAACACAGAAUCUUUUAUUAAAAAUAAAACUAAAAUAAUCGAUCCAUAUAUAAAAACUAAUGUGAGGGAUGAAUAUGAUGCUGUUUAAUAAGUUUGUUAAUAUCAGGUUCCAAUUUACUCAAGAACAGUCGCAAGUCGCCACGUUCGAUAACAAGCAAACGAUUUCUAUUUUUUGCAAGCAGUGUUGUCAUAGCACUCGUUGAACGAUUGACCACAAUCCAGGGUACAAUUGCGAGAUCGGUUUUUGUAGUCAAAAUUCUUGGUAACCAUUUUUGAACUUGAUUUUUAUUUCCUCGUUUGUUGUCAAUUCUAUAAGUUCUUCUUCCAGUUGAGGUGACAUUGCUGUGUUGACAUUUGAAAACGGAUCCAACACCCAGUCUGGUAUUUCCAAGUUCAAAAUGACCUGCUAUCAUUCGGUGAAGUCAAUGUGGAGAUUUUCCAAAUGUUGGCAGUAGGCAAACAAUUCGCCAUUACUGCAUGAUACUGAUAAAUUCGGAAAAUUGUGAAACUCACGUCUGCCCAGAUUCUUUUUGCGUAGAAGCAGUUUGGCUGCGAAAGCAGCAACGCCUUGCAGUUAAAGAUUCAUGUCGUUGGACAAUUUAUACAUGUCUGUCAUGUAAGCUAUAUCAUUCUUUGAUGUUAUGAGCUUGUCUUGAAAUUCUGUAUCUUUAGUUUCCAAGAACUCUAUAACAGAGUAAAACAGGUUGUAGAAUCGAGUCAGACAAUUGCCCCUUGAUAGUCAACGAACUUCAGUAUGAAACAACAAAUGAUUGAAAUCCUCGUCAUUAGUAACACAAAGCCGAUGAAAUAAUCUAUCAUUCAAAGAGUUGUUGCGGAUUUUAUUGACUGCUUUGAUGACAUAUUGCAGUGAUUGAAAUAGUUUUUCACUUAAGUUUCUAGCAACUAAAUGUUGUCUAUGCAUAACGCAAUGUACACCAAGGACACCUGGAAUUUUAUUUUUUAAGUGCGCUAUUAAGCCUUUAUGGCACCCUAUCAUAGCCGGAGCGCCAUCCGUAGCAAUUGAAAUAAUAUUUUUCAAAGGAAUCUCUUUCUCAUUGCAAAACUUUUCCAAUAUAUUGAAUAUGGUUUCGCCUUUUGUAUCGGUCUCUAAAUUUCUAGCAAAUAAUAGUUCUUCACAUAUUUUCUCAUCUUUAAUAAACCUCACGUAAGACAACAACAAUGCUUCAUUAGUUGGGAAAGUGGACUCAUCGAGCUGAAUUGAGAAUUGGUUUGUCCUCAGGUGAUCGCACAAUGAUUCUUCAAUGUUUUCCGCCAUUUCAUCAAUUCGUCUCUGCACAGAAUUAGUACUCAAAGGAAUUUUUCGGAUAAUAUAGUUCAAGAGCUCAAAGCAUGCGCUACAUCAGCUCGAACCUACCGACCCUACACCUUUGCGCAAAUGAUUAUAUUAUGAUAGCAAAUGCCCACAUACAGAUUUGGCAAUGGCAAUAGCAAUGCGUUUGACGGUUAGUAUUCUAUAAAUUCUAUCCUGUCGAGAUGCCCCGUUAUGAAACGGAGCGACCGAUUGACAUGAUUUUCUUUUUUUCUAUAUUCUAUAAAAUAGAACAGAUAUAUGAACUACGCGGAGAGAAAUAUAGAACCGAGUUUGAGCAAUCUUUUAAUUCAUAUUAGUUGAUGUUCACAAGAUGUUGUUGAGAGUCGAGAGCUCAUGUAGUCGUUGUCUAAGAGGCCUCCUAGCUAAAUAAAAUUACAAAUAACCCCCCAGGCCUCCUCACAACGCCCCCAUUUUCUUUCUGGGUCUCUUACCGCCCCCUUUGACACCUGCAGCGCCCACAAGGGGGCGUUAUCGCCCACUUUGGGAAACACUGAUCUAGAUUAUGGUAUUUAUUAUUAUUAAUUUCAACUGUUUUAUCAAAUUGAACUAAAUAUGUUCCUUCAUAUGUUUUGUUGUUAACAUUAUUUUUUCCAUUUAUUAAUAUAUUUCCCUCGCUAAUUUCUUUUAUUUCCUCAUUAUUUUCUUCUAUAACAUUACAUUGUGAUUGCAAAUUUAGUAAUAUAGGUAUUGUACAAUUAUCUGGUUUUUCUUCUUUACAUAUGUAUCUCGACAAAAUAUUUUUACAUUUAUUAAUUCGUUUCAUUCCAUUAGCACAUUUGGCAAUUUUUGAGUCUAAUUCUAUCUUUCCGUGUUCAUAUGAUAUUGGCGUAAUUUCGUAAGUUUCACACAGGGUUCUCAUUUACUACUCCGAAGCAGCAAAAUUUCUAGAAUUAUUGCUAUGCUAUCGCUACCGCUCUCACUUUUCCGGGAGCCACAGCAUAGUAUUAGCAUAACAAUGUAAAAGAAGUGCUCUACUCUGCUCCGAGUUUUGUUAGAUAAAAAACUAUAGUUGGAGCGGGAGCAAAAAAUUCUGUGCUAUGCUCUGGCGUAGCGGUAGCAAAAAAUUGGGAGUGGUAGCACAGCAGAGCUAAUGAAAAUUUUCAUGUGCUAGAACUCCCGCAUGUGUGUGUUGUUUUUUUUUUCUUUUUUUGCUAUUUUCUGUCAUAACAUUUGAAUUAAUUUAAUAAUUCAAACAAAAAAAUGUUAUGCAAAUCAUUUUGGCACUUGUUGCGUCAAGUGACUUUAUAAAUCUAAAAUCAAAUAUUUUAAGAAAUAUAUUAAUAAAGUCAAUUAGAUAAUAAUUGAAUAAAUUAUAUAUAUUUACCAUUUUUAUAUUACCAUUUUAUAUUACCAUUUUUAUAUUACCAAAAACAUCAUCUAUUCCAAAUGUAUUACAAUGCUCAAUUCUAUGAAUGAUUUUUCCAAGAAAUUCGCAUUCGCACGAAAUGUGAAGAAGGAAUUUAAAGAUAAAAAAUCAGGAUUGUCGUGUAUUUUCUAUGGACAAUUUUUACAUGCCUUGGUCCAGUUUUUAAUGUUAAUAUUUAGGGCUAAACAUUUCAAGGAAGUUUUUGUAUGGUAUUUCCAAGGAAAUUUCGUGACGGGACUGAAAAAAAUUAAUAGUUCAAAAAAAAACACCCUAAUGUAUAUACAAAAGAGGAAAGUAAUGUAGUUAAAAUUAAUUUCGAAAAUUCAUAGAAUUGAGUAUUGUAAUACAUUUGGAAUAGAUGAUGUUUUUGGUAAUAUAAAAAUGGUAAUAUAAAAUGGUAAUAUAAAAAAGGGUAAAUAUAUAUAAUUUAUUCAAUUAUUAUUUAAUUGAAUUUAUUAAUAUGUUUCUUAAAAUAUUUGAUUUUAGAUUUGUAAAGUCACUUGACGCAACAAGUGCCAUAAUGAUUUGUAUAACAUUUUUUUGUUUGAAUUAUUCAAUUAAUUCAAAUGUUAUGACAGAAAAUAGCAAAAAAAAAAAAAAAACAACAAACACAUGCGGGAGUUCUAGCACAUGAAAAUUUUCAUUAGCUCUGCUGUGCUACCGCUCCCAAUUGUUUGCUACCGCUACACCAGAGCAUAGCGCAGAAUUUAAGGUAGAAUUAGAGGUGCUAUAACAUAUCGCUAUAUCCAUAACCAUUGCCAUAACCGUAACGAUAUUUACUACUACCGAUUAGUGGUGCCAUAACCAUAAUCAGCUGAUCUUUCAUUCAGAAUUUUUGUUUUCAUUUCAAAAGUGCCAAAAAAAAUAAAUAAAAUGAGCAGUGACGAAGAAAUUGAUCAAUUAUUUAUUAAUAUUAUAGCAUUAUAUGCUAAAAAAAAGCAAUGCAAGCGUACAAGGCGAUGGCUUGUCCAUCCUAUUAAUGUUAAUAGAUUCCAAAACGGAUACCAUCAAAAAACGUUCCUGAAAAUAAAAGAUAUGGAUGAACAAGAAUUGUUUGCCCAUACAAGAAUGAAUAGGAAGUUGUAUGAUACUUUUUUGAAGUUAAUGGCGCCUUCAAUGAGUAAAUUCAAGGAACAAAUCCAUGCCGAAGAGCGUUUGUCCCUCACACUUCUGUAAGUUUAUAUGAUUAUUACUCCAUUUGUUAUAUUUAUUAAGGUAAUUGUUAGGUACUUAGCAUACGGAAUUCCUUUCAAAAAAUUAGCAUGGAGCUACAAAAUCGGAAAGACCACUGUGCGAAACAUAGUGCUGGAGACAUGUGAGGCGAUUUGGGAAAUGCUUUCACCAAUUUAUCUGAGUGAACCCACGCAACAACAGUAUAAAGACAUCACGACCGACUUUGCACAAAUGUGGAACAUGCCAAACUGUGUAGGUGCGAUCGACGGAAAACAUAUUGCGAUAAAAUGCCCUCCAAAUUCAGGAUCCAUGUUUUAUAAUUAUAAAAAGUUUUUCAGCAUUGUACUGCUGGCAGCAUGUGAUGCUAAAUACACUUUUACAGCCAUUAGCGUAGGAGCUUACGGAAGCCAGAGUGAUGGAGGUAUUUUUCAUGCAACGAGAUUUGGCGAAGAUCUGUUAGAAAAUCGUUUGCCACUACCACCUGAUACUCCACUUCCGUUAUCUUCCCACCCGUUUCCGCAUUACUUUGUUGGAGACUGUGCCUUUCCAUUAAAAAAUAACCUUAUGAAGCCGUAUCCAGGUGUAAAUACAACAAGAGCUCAACGAAUUUUUAAUUAUAGACUAUCACGGGCAAGACGCGUUAUUGAAAAUGCGUUUGGGAUUUUGACAGCGAGGUGGAGAGUGCUAAGAACAACAAUGGAGUUUCAUCCUGAAAAUGCUGAAAAAAUCGUACUAGCAUGUCUAGUGCUUCAUAAUUUCAUAAUGCUCCACGAUAUGAAUCGAUGGUACUGCUCAGAGCAUUACACUGACGGAGAUGGAAGAAAUGCUGAAUGGAGAAACGAAUUAAGAUCUUGUGGGGGGCCAUUGCGGUCAGCACAAACUUUUAGACGCAGGGGUCAAAACAGUGCGUAUAACCACAGAGAACAUCUCACCAAUUAUUUUAUGAACAAUGGUGCAGUACCUUUUCAAAACCAUAUAGAGUAAAACACUUAUAGAUAUACAUAUAAAAUUCAAUAAAAAAAAAUGUUGAAAAUGUUAUUUUACAUACGUGUGUUUCAUACACAUUGAUUAACAAUAAAAAGAACAAAAAAUUAAUUAAAUAAACACAAAUAAUUAUUAUAUUGAACGUUAUAUGGAUUAUAUCCUUUGUACUUCAGGUUCAAAAAUUAAACCGUUCUGAUUAAAAGAACAAAAAGUAAUAAUGUAAUAAAAGUUUAAAAAAACUCUUCUCAUAAUUGAGGGACUAGUUCAAAUACACAAAGCUUUCUUCUUCUUCAUCAAUUUGCGCUUGCAUUACAAUGUCAGUACAUUGACGCAUCACCAAUGCUUGCCUUGAUUUUUUCAUUUUUGAAAUCGAAGAGCAUAUCAUUCGCCCAAAACCGCUUAUCUCCACAUUAAACUCUUCUCGACGCGCUCUACGUUCACAUACCUCCUGGAAAGUUUUCACUGUUCCGAGGAUGGCAGUGUCCACCUCGUCAAGCUGUCUGCCUCUUCGUUUUCGUGGUCGCGAUAUUGAUGACGGAUUUGCUGAUGGCUGAUUUGACGGAAUUGACUGAUCGGACGGAAUUGCUGUUGUUUGAUCGGACAGAAUUAUUGUUGAUUGGUCGGACGAAAUUAACUGCCCAGGGGAAAUUGGAGGUGACGGCGAGAGAUCUUGUGAUUCGGACGAAAUGUUUAUAAAGUCAUAAUUCUCGUCGCUGCGUUUCAAUAUUGGCGCACUUUGUCGCAUUCUGUUAAUAUUAAUGUUCUCAUUAUUUACAUGGAUAUGGUAAUAAUGUGACUUCUUAAAAAUUGCAAACUUUCAAAUAGCGCCCACUGCCUUCCUACGAAUGCACCACUUCCUGAAGCAUUUUGUGAGAUUCUAAUUUCUUUUGAGAAGCGUUCUCUCAAGUUGCCCCAACGCUUCAUAACAACACUUUCUGUUUAUAAUGUCCAAACAUAUUGUAUAUUAAAUAUUAUAAUAUUUAUAUUGAACUCACCAUCAACUUCCAAAUUAUCGGCGACUUCCUUCCAAGAGCGCCUUUUUUUCUCUUGAUUUUUGAAAUCGGCAUGACUCUUGUCAUAUAGGCAUGGCGAAUUCCGCACACAUUCUAUUAAUUUAAUAUCAUCCAUUUUUAUUAAUAGAUUAUUAUUUGAUUGCUGUUUAAAAAUCGCAUUAUGUCAAACAAUCCGAGCUUUAUAAAUACAAAAUUAUGAGGCGAACAAAACAAAAUGCAAACGAAAUUUCAAAUGAAAAAUCAAAAAAUCAACAAAUAGCUUUUUAUGGUUACAGCGAAAAUCAAAAUUCAAUUGAUUGCUAUGGUUAUGGUUAUGGGCAUGUUGUUAUGGUAACGCACCUCUAAUUGGAAACAUUGUUCCCCGUAAAUUUGGUUGAAUCAGCUGUUUUAUAUGGAUAUGGUUAUGGCACCUCUAAUUCUACCUUUAAUUUUUUGCUCCCGCUCCAGCUAUAGUUUUUUACCUAACAAAACUUGGAGCAGAGUAGAGCACUUCGUUUACAUUGUUAUGCUAAGGCUAUGCUGUGGCUCCAGACAAAGUGAGAGCGGUAGCAAGAGUAAAAUGAAAUGCUACGGGAGUAGCGUAGUUUUUCAAACGCUGGUUUCACAUUUUUCUUUGAUUAUUGGAUAUUUAUAUACAACAAUAAAGGUAUCUCCAAUUCUACAUACAUGAAUAUCUGAGUAUUCCAUUAAAUUUAUUACGGGUACAUCUGAUCCUUCGGUUUUAAUUAUUUUUUCGAUAUCCUCUAAAUUUAUUGAUGCAGAGUAGAAAUUUUUAUUCUUUGCAAAGUUUAUAGUUAACGUUAAAUCUCCUAAUUCUUUAUGAAUUUCUUCUAACAUUGUAUGUUGAUUAAUAGUUUUGUAAUCGAAGGCUUUCAACAGUUUCUCAAAGUGAGUAUUAAUCAAUCUUUGUUUAUCAUUGUUUUCUAUUAUGUCAUUUAUUUUUUCUUUAAUUUUAAUUUAAUUUUAAUAACAUCAUAAUGGUCUGGUACUCCGGUAACAAAGCUAAGUAUUGAGCCUAAAAAAUUUAUACUUCUAGGUUUCCUUCUGUUUAUUAUAGCCGUUUCUUUAGCUAAACUUUUGUUUCCUUGAACCGAAUCGCAUAAUGCGUCGUAAUGUUUUAAUAUUUCUGUUAAAUUUACCAUAUGAAAUCUCCACCUACGACCUCCAAACAAUUACAAUGUGGUGCUUUUACUAUCAAGCGAGUCAACGUUUCAACCUUAACCCUUAACUCAUGAGGCGCCACUCCACUGAAAUUAACGGAGUUUAGAAAUUCUGUAGGGAAUCUGACAAGCUCUUGAGGAUCUUCAGAAACGACAGUAUCCACGCUAUAAUAUACUCUUUCUUCACCGGGCAACAUAUUUACUAUUUCGCUAUUUAUUAUCGUACAGUGAUCAUUUUUUGGACACAAAAUUACCCGAUCCUUCAAAUGGUUUUGACUAAUAACACCAGACUGAGGCUGAUAUACCCAAUCCACUAAAUUUUCAUUUAGCAAAAUUAUCUCUUCUUGAGAUAUAUUGAUUUUCGACUCUGGAGAGAGCUCUCGACCUUCUCCAACACGCAAAAAAAAACUGUUAUAUACGGAGUGAGCUAUUGGGCACCACAGGAAGAACUUGCCUGAAAUCACCACCAAACAAAAUAACCAAAAGGUAUUUCAUUUUGGUGAAUAUCACGUAAUAAUCGAUCUAUGCAUUGUAAUGCAGUCCCAGGAACCAUGCUAGCUUCGUCCCAUAUUAUUUCUGUAGAACAUUUGACUGCUUUUCCGGGGGUUCUAUCUGGCUUAAUUAGAGAAACAGAAGAUUCAGUCAAAGGUAUUGGAAAUUUGAAUAUAUUAUGUGCCGUUCUUCCGCCAGGAAGCAAAAUAGAGGCAAUCCCUGUCCAAGCCACGGAUAUCACUUUUUGUCUGAGGCUACGAAUAUGGUGAAUAAUACUCUUAUAAAAAAAGUUUUGCCAGAGCCGCCAGGACCAUCAACAAAGAAUGCCUUUACGACAUCGUUGCUACUGGAAAUUGCAUGGGUUAUUUGGUGGAAUAUAGUCUUUUGCUCAUGAUUAAGCUAUUCCUUUAGUGUUUGCGCGUAUAAUACUUCAUCAUCUAUAUUACAUAUAAUUCUCAAUUCCUGUGUCUUCAGUGGUAAGAUCACCUGCAGGUAACCCGAAGUCUUUUAAAGAUGUGUCAUGUGAUUGGAAAAUGUGACUAAUAUUUCUCAAUGCUAAAAGCUCGCUGGUGUUUUCUGAAUUAUUUAUUAAAAAAUCUUCACAAAGAUGCAAUUUAAAUUUUCUCCAGAGCUCUAUUGGUGAGGUUGGUUCUCCAAAUAUGCAAAUCAUUGCAAACAUACGUUGCACAGGCAUUUUAAAGACAGAUGCUUCUUCAAGUGCAGCGGUCCACUCUGUGUCAUCCGCUAGCAAUUUUCUCUUUACUGCUGAUUCCCAAUAAGAAGAGAGAUGUUCCCUGUUCACGGUUAACAUAUCUGAAUACGACCUGGGUCCUUUUAACGAAGUAAGCAAUAAACGUAAAGCAAAGAGUUCCCGAUUUUUUGGAUCGACCGUAUACAUUUAACCAAUUGCAUUACGUUUUCUUCUUUGCCAUGUGCGCGACGCAUCUUGCCAGGUAUAUACGUAGUACUCAGGAAUUUGAUAAUACAACAAAGUAUUCGCAAAUGGAUUUAUCGCAUUCAAUUUAAAAUAUGCGGUUAAAGUGGUAUCGCAUCAUCGAGCAAGGAUAUCAGAAAUCACAGCAUUAUCAUCACGAAAAGAAAUAUUUUGUGAGUCUGGAAGGUGAACGGCAAGAACUUUUACCACGUGCGACUUUUCUUGCAUUGAAAAUUGCAAAAGCCUCCAACAGGCUUCAGAGGCGCUAACAUAUCGAGCGUCUAUAAAUGUAGAUAUUUCAUCAUGAUUAUCCACGCGAUCAAUUGGGUGUUCAAUAAUUUGAACUGUUGCGCAAUCAUAUCCUUUGUAAAUAUAUUUGUGGAGGCAUUUAACGCUUUUUACCGAUGAACAUAUUUCGACAUUAAUAUGGGCACUGUAUUUUUUGGUCAGAUAUUUGUUGUAUGGGGCUAUCCAUCGGUUGUCUAUUUCAAUUAAAUUUUUAUUGGCACGAACAACUAUUUUAUUUCCAUCAUUGCGGCGCCGAUAUUGAGGAUAGCCGUUAACGUUUGUAAACGUAUUAGCAUGAAAAGUUUUCGGAUAGUUUUUGGAGCAAAUUCCCGUAUCAGUCAUGCAGGGCGAUGACGGAUUAAGUACUCCACAUGGGCCAUAAAUCAUACAUUUUGAGACUAUUUCAUACAACUCAGGCUCUGCCUCCUUAUUAGGAAUCUCAGCGCAAACAACCAGGUCAAUUUCAGAAGGCUCGCGAAUAACAUCUUCUUCGUGACCCCGUUUUUGAAACUCAAUGACAUUUAGGUAGUAUUUCCCCUUUCCAAACACAUUCCUCUGGGAAAUAUCUUUCAUAACCUCAUUGAGCUUGUGCUUAAAAACCUGGGCUAUCAGUUCUGGAUGCAUUUCCGGCCCCUGGUAUCUCCCAAUAUUCUGAAUGACUUCUGGCCAUUUUGGGUUGCAUGUAAAAGUUAUGAAAGCGACGGUGUUCCAUAUUUUCUAACCAUAGCCUCCUUUUUUUUUCAAAAUUAUUUUAUUUAUUGUAUCUGCUUUUUCUUAAAGCCUAACAAUAAGUAAUGAAAUCUUAAAUUUAUUUAAAAACUAGACAGACUCAAGCAAGUGAUUGAGCUGUUUUGGUGUUACGUUGCUCUUUAAUACGCAGGCAUAUCUCUUCUUUUAAGUCGUGUUUGAUCGCAGGAAUGUGCCAAAGCAUUAGAAAAAGGGUUUGGGUGAUCUCGGAGUUUAGAUAUAUAUUUAAUUCUGCUGUCUUCUACUUCUUUUUUUACCAUAGGAUACCAUAGAAUACCAAGGUCUUUAUGGAUAUUUUCGUUACGCAUGUACCAUGGUGAACACGUGAUUGUUCUAAGCAUUUUAGAUUGGAACCUUUGUAUUAGAUCAAUAUUAGUUGCACAGUUCGUACCCCACCGUUGAAUGCCAUACAUCCAAAUCGGCUUUAUGACCGCAUUAUAUAAGAGCACUUUGUUGUCUAGGCUAAGUUUGGAGUUUUUAUUUAAAAGCCAAUUUAAAUUUGCAACUCUAAUCUUCAUACAUGUUAUUCUACUAGAUACGUGUUUUCGCCACGUGAGCCUUCUAUCUAGGUGAAUACCAAGAUAUGUUACUUCGUUCGCUUGGGGUACUAAGAUAUUGUUUAUUUUUACUGCCGGGCACAUCUUUGGUCUUAGCGAGAAUGUAAUGUGCUUACACUUCUGUUCAUUCACAUUUAUACGCCAGUUCGCUAGCCAUUCUUCGACAGAACUUAAAUGCUCCGUUAAUAUUCUUGAUGCUAAAAUGUGGCAUUUGUUACGGCUCACUAUUGCUGUAUCGUCCGCAAAAGUUGAAGUUAAUACAUUGUUAGCUGUUGGAAGAUCUGCUGCAUAUAUGAUAUAUAGUGUUGGGCCUAAAACACUGCCCUGGGGUACACCAGCCCUUAUCUGACGUUCAUCAGAUAUGAAAUCUCCCACUUUUACCAUAAAUUUUCUAUAUUUUAAAUAAGACUCCAGGUUCUAUACAAUUCUAAAGGUAGAAUUUUUUUAAUCUUAUAUAAAAGACCUUCGUGCCACACCUUAUCAAACGCCUGAGCUACAUCUAAAUAUUGCUGAACAGUACUCCCUGUGCUCAAAUGCUUUCCUUAUCUCGUUAGUAAUUCUAUUUACUUGCUCUAUUGUGCCAUGUUUCGCACGAAAUCCGAAUUGAUGCAUUGGUAUUGUGUUAUUUUCGUGGAGGAAUAGAGACAUCUUUGAUAGUAAUACUUUUUCAAAUACUUUUGAAAGACAGGGUAGAAGACUGAUUGGUCUGUAUGAAGACGGCUGUGUUAAGUCUUUCCCAGGUUUAUCUAUCAAGAUAAUCUGCGACUUUUUCCAUGAAAUUGGAUAGUAUCCGAAACUAAGUAUUUCAUUGAAGAGCAAAGAGAGCACCUCUAUAGCAAUAAUUGGUAAUUCAAUUAGCAUUUUUGGGGAAAUUUUAUCAUGCCCCGACGACUUUUUUGGAUUAAGUUCUUUGAUGAUACCAAAGAUUUCAGAAGGUGAAGUUAUAAGAGGCUUGAGCGUCUCUUUAGCUGUGUUGGAUAAGAUUGACAACCUAAAGUUGUUCUUUGGCAAAUUGGGUUGAAAUACCUUUUCUAGCAAAGCAAUUAGCCUUUUCCUCGUCACUUCGAGCCCAGUUUCCUCCCAAGUCUCGUAUAGGCAUGUUGGAGUCAGUUGGUGGCUUCAUGGACUUUUGGGCUUUCCAAAGGGAAUUUCGCUUGUUUGAAUUCGGACACAGAUUCUUUAUAUACAUUUCGGUGUUCAAUUCUUCCUCACGUUUAAGCGCUUUUUUUAAUUUACGUACAGCAGAUUUUAAUUGAAGCUGAGUGGAAGGGGAACGAUUUAUCUGCCAUUCGCAUCUUGCACGCCUUUUUACAUUUACAAGCAUUUCUAUUUCUCUAUUAGAGAUUUUUC